UAGUAUUUGGGACCGGCCCAUCUGGACUUCUAGUCUGAUCAUCAUCACUCUCGCAUCGCAGAAACAAGCUAGCUAGGGUUUAAGGCCUCUGGGUUUUGUCUGAAAAAGAAUCAAGGAGAGGAGAGUUAAGCAAGCACGGGACAAAAAUGGCGACCAACUCUGCAAGAAGGCUAUUUCAGAGAUCAACAUCGUCCGCUAAAGCCUUCCUGAGUCGCAAAAGUCGAACCCAAUCACCUCCAGUACCAUCUAACCUCGGUGGACUCGCACCCUCCUCAAUUUCUGCUCGCGUCUCUCGCCACCACCAUUCCUUCUUCUCCACCAGGUUGCCAGUGGAGUUGGGUUGUGGAGAGUCAUUGAUGCCUCUUCACUCUGCUACUGCUUCUUCCUUGCUCAAUUGUAUGUUGUCUUCAACGGUUGGCCAAUGGGGUUGUCUCUCCGUAGUUGACAUUGAUGAAACUGGAUGGAACAGCACCAAAUUGCAAUCGCUUCUAUUUGAACUUCAUGUUUAUCGUUCAAAGAAACUCAAGAUAGAACCUCAAAAGGACAUUAUAUUUUUUGGUGGGUUAUGUAAUUGUAUGCAUUUAUUAAUUUCAUAUAUAUAUAUAUAUAUGUAUAGCUUCUGGUUAGCAAUAAUAAGGAGAAUACAGACAAGGUAAGAUUUCAAUGGUAAUUUUAAUUUUCUAUUAAAAUUAUUGUAAUUUCUUAACUUAGGUGAGGAUUAUAUAUGCCAUACACAUGUUGCAUCAGUAUUCAUCUGAUGCCCAAUUUGUGGGACCACAAAAUCUUGUAACUUGAUGAUUUUUAUUUGAAUAUUGUUGUGGCAACACUGUGAAGCGUUUGUGAUUUGAUUAGAAGAAACAAAGGCAUAUAAAACUUGAACAUUCUUGAACUGAAUGUUAUCCAUGUAUGUGAAUCGGCUUUCUUUUCAAGCAAUGUAAUUAGCACCGGCCUAACCUAUCAAACCAAUACCCUGGGCCAGUUCAAUUA